AUGCACUCAGUGUGCACAAUUUUCCAAAAAUUUCCCUCAGGGAAAGGCAGAGACAAAUCAAGCAUUUCGUGUUUAGAGUGUUUGGUAAACCUCUAUAUUGGGAUCAAAGAGGAAGCUGUGGAGUAUCUGACUGUAAAUAUCAUGAGUGGUGAAGGAAGCUCUGUGCAGGAGGUGGAGAAGAGACAGAUGGGCCGAAGCGGAGCCAUCACCCCCCCUAUUCUGAAACGUUUCUUGGUACUGAGAGACGGUUCUGUCACGAUGCUCAACAUGUUCUCCAUGCAUUCAACUGCCCUAAAGAAAAUCCAGAACUUGUUACUUUUUGUGUCUAUUAAGUCUGAGCUUCCAGCAAGAAAAAAAUCAAUGAGCGUUUAUAAUGUGUGUGCAGACAGAUGGGAGUGUGUGAGACAGGUGGUUCGGCCUCACAAACCCAUGGCUCUGGCUGUGCAGGAGACCUGUAUGUGUGUGGCCACUUGUGACGGAUAUUUUCUCCAUGAUUAUCAGAGCCAAACCACCCUCAACCUUUUCCCACAUAACCUGGGAAAACAAAAUAUCAGAGCCAACAAAUACGGAAACGAGGAAUUCAUUUUAAAUGGGCCAGGAUGUUUGGGUAAGAUUUUUGAACUUUGCACCCCCACGUUUCUGCUCUACAGAGCGCGUUUUUUCACUAUGUUGUCUCAGACGAUGACGUGUUUGUCCUUUGGAGGCUACCGUAAAAAAACGUAUCAUGACAAAUCUGAUUGUUUCCUUUGUAAGUCACUUUGGAUAAAGCUAUUUAAUAAAUUUUCAUCUCUUUGUACAAAAAGCGUUUUUGUUGUGGCUGAGAAAGAGAUUCAUCGCCUGUCAUCAGUUCCCCUUGAGUAUCAAAUUCAAGAGCUUGUUAGAGAGGAGAAAGUUGAUGAAGCUCUUACACUGCUGGACGGAGUUCAACAUCUCCUGCCAAAAGAUUCUUGCAGGGUAAGAGCAAAGAUAAAUAAAGCAGACCCAAGGGAAAUCAUGCGCCUUUAUCCAUCCAUGCCUGUUGUGAGUGAAAAUUUCACACCUCAGACAAUAACAGUCAGCAGUGCCAAGGAUCUCUGAACCUUAAACCAAGACGCGCAAUAUAGCUUCUUGGACGACAUUUUAAGAGAAGUCAGGCAAACAGUUCAAGGCCAAAUCUGUCUUCAGGAUAUCGACUCUGUGCUUUUUAAGCUGUAUUUAGAACAAGGAGAAUAUGAGAAACUGGAUCAGCUUGCAUCUAAAAAUAACUAUAACCUCCACGUGUGUGUGUUUGACCUGGAGCAAUACGGAAGAUUUGGGGGUUUUCACCAUGGGACUGCUCCUAGCAAAUACCAAAAACAGCAUUCCAAGGAACUACAGGAAUCUGUAUUGGGGCUCUCCCUGGGGAUACGUGGCUUAUUAUUCUGCAAUGCGAAACAUGCUCAUAUUUUUUAUAUUUGCGUAAUAUGUGUUGCUAGGGAUAAAAUGAUCUGUCUUACUCUUUUAUUUACAGACCACAAAACAUCCUAUAAUCUUUAUGUGGAGAAGGUCAUCUUUCUUGGGAUAUUUGUUAAACAUAAAAAGGCCUUGCAGAUUUUGGUCUAUGAAGAUAAAGACCAACAUGCUGCAGAAAGCUAUUGUUGGAGGACCUCUGCUGGACGAGAUUGGGAUUUCACAAUCUUGGGAAUCUCUUUCUAUCCCUCCUUCCAUUUCUUUCUGACAGUGUAGCUCAGCAUUAAGUUAGCAAAGCAAAGGUCAUGGUUUAGGGAACACAUAUACUAAUAAAAUGUAUUACUUUUGCAUAAAAGUGCCUGCCAAAUGCACACGUGUAAAUAAUGAUUAAAUAUUUGAAUUAUUGUAGAGCAAAGUUAAAAUGUCCAGUUGAGUUUUCCAGUUCCUUCACCAGAUCAUUUGCUUUAAAAUGAAAAUGUAGGCUAUUCAUAAUCCAUCCAAAGCAUCGAUAUGCCAAUGCAAAAAUAAUAAACUAUCCCAGCCAACCAUGUUCUUCAUGCUUCACAUAAAUUCAAUGAGUUCUACACAAGACAUCCUUCAACUUGAUUUAUUAUUGUUAGGUCGAAACUGUAAUUGACCUUUGCCUCCACUAACCCCUAAGGUACACCCGGGUGCCAGGGAACGAACUACCAUUACCAUUAUAAACAUCCCAACAUCUCUUUAACACCCACUGGACUGGGUUGGCUCUGAAUGGUCUGCUUCUUUUCCAAGCAUAGUGUGGACUUGGCAACCUGACAGACCAAGGCUGUCCACCACUACGGGACACUCCAGACAAGCCAACUUAUGUGGACAAACCUGCAGACCAGACACGGAGCAUAGACAUGAAAAAAUAAACAAAGUAAUGCUAUGCAUGUGAAUCAUAACAUAUAGGAAAUAUAUAUCUAAAUAAAUCACUGUUGCAGAGAACUGCACUAAUGUUUUACCUCACUUCCUAUCGUAAAUAUCUCUCCACCAUUUUGUAGGAUCAGAUGCAAAACC